UGACGUCAGAAGCUGGGGCGGCGAGGAGUUGGAAUUUUGGCGGGUCCGGCUGUGCAGAGUAAAGGGGUGAGGAGCCGGGUAAGAACGAGUCUGCGAGUUUUGAGGGCCAAGGUUCUGCAUUGCUGCCAUCUCCUGGUCACCUGAUACUCCUUCCGUUUUCCAUCAUCACUGUUCACUUGACAGCAUGGAUGGAGAGGAAGAUGAUUUGUCUCUGCUGACUGCAUUGCUGGAGGAGAAUGAGUCGGCCUUGGAUUGUAAUUCAGAAGAGAGUCAGCCCUUGACCCAGGAAGAUGGUGAACCUGACUCAUUUGAUGAGCUCUUUGACGCUGAUGGUGAUGGUGAAUCUUACACAGAGGAGCCUGAUGAGGGAGAAGUGGAAAAGGCUGAAAACCAAAAGGAGAAUUUGGCCACUCUCUUUGGAGACAUGGGAGAUUUAACAGAUGAGGAAGAAGCUCCUACAUCACAAUCAACUAAAGAGAGGGUCGUCCCUGCUCCUGCUCACAGUCAAGGGAAAACUAAUCAGGAGUUGCAAGAUGAAUUAAGGAGGUUGCAAGAGCAAAUGAAGUCCUUACAAGAACAGCUGAAACUAGCGACAAUUAAACAGCCUGCAAGUCCAACCCUUUCAUGUAAAACCCCAGUAGAUAAGUCUCCACGUCCCCCUCUUAAGGAGAAGAAAGUUCAGAAAAUUCAGGAGUCAUUGUGUUUUGCUGCGGAGCUUGACAUCCCUACUCUACCAAAACCCAAGCGAGUGGCUCGGACACCAAAGGUCUCAUCUGCAGAGCCCCAGUGUUCAUCUUUGAAGAUGACAAGUGUACUCUCCCAGCCACUCCGAACAACUCCUGGGAACAAGCCUGGUGGGAUGACUAGGGAUCAGAGUGCAGGGACACCCAGGAGCUCUGGGGAAGUGACUCAGGAAGUCUCUGUGGAGGCCUUCUCCGGCCUGAGGCUCAGAAAGCCUCGAGUAUCCUCCACAGAAAUGAACAAGAAAAUGAUCGGCCGAAAACUUAUCAGAUUGUCUCAGCUCAAGGAAAAGAUGGCAAUUGAGAAGCUGGAAGAAAUAGACUGGGUGACGUUUGGGGUUAUAUUGAAGAAAAUCACUCCACAGAGUUCUAACAGUGGGAAAACAUUUAGCAUCUGGCGACUGAAUGAUCUUCGUGACCUGACGCGAUGCGUGUCACUGUUCCUGUUUGGAGAUGUUCACAGAGAACUCUGGAAGACUGAGCAGGGUUCCGUCAUAGGGCUGCUCAAUGCAAACCCCAUGAAGCCCAAGGAUGGUUCAGAGGAGAUAUGCUUGUCUAUUGAUCAUCCUCAAAAGAUCUUAAUUAUGGGGGAAGCUCUUGACCUGGGAACCUGUAAAGCAAAGAAAAAGAAUGGAGAACCAUGUACGCAGAUUGUGAAUUUGAACGACUGUGAGUACUGUCAGUAUCACAUCCAGGCCCAGUACAAGAGGCUUAGCGCCAGGCGAGCUGACUUGCAGUCCACCUUCUCUGGAGGCCGCAUUCCAAAGAAGUUUGCUCGCAAAGGCAUCAGCCUGAAAGAACGGCUGUGUCAGGAUGGUUUUUACUACGGAGGCGUUUCUUCAGCCUCAUAUGCAGCCUCAAUUGCAGCCGCUGUUGCACCUAAAAAGAAGAUUCAAACCACUCUGACUAACCUGGUGGUUAAGGGCACAGACUUGAUUCUUCAGGAAACUCAACAAAAACUAGGAAUGCCCCAGAAGAGCUUGUCUUGUUCUGAGGAAUUCAGGGAAUUGAUGGACUUGCCUACAUCUGGAGCCAGAAACCUGAAACAUCAUUUAGCCAAAGCCAAGUCAUCAGGGAUCGUGGGAAGCCAGAAACCUGCUUUCCAGUCUAUCUCAGCAUCAGCCCUCUUGAAGCAACAGAAGCGGCAUAUGUUAGAGAUGCGGAAAAAGAAAUCAGAAGAAAUACAGAAACGCUUUUUGCAAAGCUCCAGUGAAAUCAAGAGCCUAGCUGUGCCAUCCUCUUCUCAGCAGCCCCCUUGUCGAUCUCCACCAACGGGGGCUAAAUUCCCCAAGAUGAAAGGAACCCCAACUGCACAGAUGCCCAAGCUUGGAAGAGGCAUCUCAGAAGGAGAUGAUGUCCUCUUUUUUGAUGAGUCACCACCACCAAGACCAAAACUGAGUGCCUUAGCAGAAGCCAAAAAGUUAGCUGCUAUAACCAAAUUAAGGUCAAAAGGCCAGAUUCUUACAAAAACAGACCCAAAUAGCAUUAAGAAGCUAAAGGAACCCCAGGAUGUCCUGGAAGUGAAGGAACGUGUAGAAAAGAACAGCACAUUUUCUCCUCAAGCUGAGGAUGAAUUGGAGCCUGCCAAGAAAAAAAGGAGAGAACAACUUGCCUACAUGGAAUCUGAGGAAUUUCAGACAAUUCUAAAAGCAAAAUCGAAGCACACGGGGAUUUUAAAAGAGGCCGAGGCUGAGCUGCAGGAACGCUAUUUUGAGCCUCUGGUGAAAAAAGAACAAAUGGAAGAAAAGAUGAGGAACACCCGGGAAGUAAAAUGUCGAGUUGUGACAUGCAAGACGUGUGCCUACACCCACUUCAAGCCUCUGGAGACCUGCGUCAGCGAGCAGCAUGACUACCACUGGCAUGACGGUGUGAAGAGGUUUUUCAAGUGUCCCUGUGGAAGCAGAACUAUCUCCCUUGACAGACUCCCCCAGAAGCACUGCAGUAACUGUGGCCUCUUCAAAUGGGAACGGGACGGAAUGUUAAAGGAAAAGACAGGUCCAAAGAUAGGAGGAGAAACCUUGUUACCAAGAGGAGAAGAACAUGCCAAAUUUCUGAAUAGCCUUAAAUAGCCCUGACUUCAAACAGCCUCUGCUCUUACAGGUAAAGCAGACACCGGAUGCCAUGGGGAGAGAUUUGGAAACAGCGCCACUCCCAAGAAGGAUGAUGGGCUCCAAAAAUGAAAUUCUGUAUUGUCAGUAUUGAGGAAAGAAAGAACGAUGUAUCUAAAGAAAACAACAGGUACAAAAGGUGGAAGAAAUCCAUGGGCAUAGCUUGACAGUAGUUUGUGGAAAAGCUGUGGAAAUUUCGAAAGUUAAAGAGAGCCAAGAAUAUCGCCACACAGCUGAACUCUCCAGAUCAAAUGGAGACGAGACCUGCCUUGUCCUACACAGUCGGCCACAUAGCCAAUAAAAUUGACUUGCGUUUUGGAGAAAAGCCAGACAGCGGUAAUUGAGGUGGUGAAAACUCAAAGCCUUUUCACUGAAAAAGGAAAGAAAGACUAGAAAUAUAUAUACAGUGGGUUUUUGUUAUUCAUAGUAAUUGUUUCAUGAAGCUACCAACUGAGCUAGCAGAUACACAAUCACUGCUCCUAGAGGAAAUACAGGUUAGGUUUCCAUGAGCCUCUAGUCACGUUUUGUUCACUGGCCCAAUAAAUAACUUUAUAGUAUAUAUGUUUGUUUAAAGACACCUUAUUUAAUAUAUAUUGUUGACUCAUUAACAUGGAACUCGCAGUCAACAGCCCUGUGACUCCUGACCAAAUGAAACUGAGCUCAGCACAUGGGUUUUCUCUGGAUGAUCCAUGCAUCCCAUCCUUCUUGCCCUCAGGAACACUAGAUCAUACUUCAGCACUCCACUUGGGAGCCAUUUUCAACAUCAAAAGCACCUCAGAAAAGCACAACAGUGUGACAGACGUGGCGUGGAAAGGACAUUUUUUUACAGUAUCAGAGCUGAAAUUAGCAAAAAAUGUUGCUUUGACCUCAUCUAGGAGCAACUCAAGUUUCUUGUUAGUCUGCGCAUGUGUGUGUCCAUAGUGACCACACAAAAAACACCACAGGUACUGUUUUUGGAAUUAGAAGUAAAAUUUAGUUAUUAGGUGAUUUUGGAAAAACACAGAAUCCACAAAUAAUGAGGAACAACUGUGUAAUAUUUCCCAAAACAGGGCCAGACCAGAAUUUUUCUCAUUUUGCAGAUUAGAAAAUUAAGUGAUUUGAAACAUGGAUUGCAACUAAGUCUGUGAUAAUGUUGCUUAAGCAGAGACUUCGCUAUUGGUAUUUUUUUAAGUCAACUUUAUUAAGGGCUAAAUUUCACACAGCAAAGAGCACACAUAUUAAGUAUAUUGUUUGGUAAAUUUUGGCAAAUUUAUUCACCCACAUAACCACCACCAAAGGCAUGAUAGAGGGCAUUGUCAUUACCCCAAAAUGUUGCCUUUGCCACUUCCCAGUCAGGCCACAUGCCCUAGUCACAUCCAUCACUGAGCUGUUUAGAUCCGUUUCCAAGAGUUUCAUAUAAAUGGAGUCAAAACAACAUACUCUUAUACGUCGCAUAUUUUGAAAUAAAGCCAUGUUGUUGCCUGUGUCCAUAGUUCAUUUUUUAUUGUUUAAUAUAUCAUAGUAUGGAUAUGUCAUUUAUUAUGUUACUAUAUGUCAUUAUUCACCUAUUGAUAGAUAAUUUGGGUUGAAUUGUUUCUAAUUUGGGGCUGUUAUGAAUAAAUAACAAUAUUCAGAUACAAGUCUUUCUGUGGAUAUAUUUUUGUUUUUCUUAGGUAUCAGUAAAGAGGAGUGGGAUUUCUGGAAAGUGUGUGUUUACCUCUGUAAGAAACCACUAAAAUAUUUUCCAAAGCAGUAUGACUUUACAUGCCUAUUAAUGAUGCAUGAGGGUCCCAUUUGCUCCACAUCCUCACCAGUACUUGGUAUUGUCAGCCUUUUUAAUUUUAGCCAUUCUGAUGGGUGUAUCUUAUUGUGGUUUUAAUUUGCAUUUCCCUCAUGACAUCUUUUCCUGUGCAGUUGGCCAUUUGUAUAUCUUUUUGGUGACGUAUCUGUUUACUUUCUUACUAGGUCAAGAUGAAAGAAUUCUUUCUGUGUUCUAGAUGCAAGUGCUUUUUGCAGAUAUGUGUUACCUAGUUUUAGCUUUACUAUAAAAGGUCUUCUCUCAUAGCUCAGUUUGUAAAGAAUCUGCCUGCAAUGCAGGAGACCCCGGUUCAAUUCCUGGGUC